AUGGUAAAACUUCUUGUUUUUGCCAUUCUAUUGGCGUCAUCGCCAGCAACGGGUCUAAUCGAAACAUUGUUUCGUACUGAAAACAGUUGUUAUUCAGGUUGUCAUACAAAUUAUGCAGCUAGUACAAAACAUUUGAAUGCUUGCAGAAAAGGUUGUGAUUUUAAGUUACACAAUGAAGAUUGUGCAACUCAAUGUAAAUCAAAUUCCAAAGAGGAAGAAAUGCAAGCUUGUUGUCAGGUUGGUUGUACUUUAAGUCGCCCAGUGGAUGAAAACAAACCUAUUGUUGCUGUUGAUCCAGUUCCAGAAACUAAUGAAUUAGGACCUGUCCCUCCUAAGAUAGAACUAGGACGUCCACGUUCAAUUAUUCUUAUACGUCUUCGUCAACGGCCAUCAGGAGAAUUACCAUCGAUGCCAAUGCCAUCUAUGCAACAAUUCUUUAACAGUGAUCCAAUUCAAAUGUUUAAUGAUAUAAUUAAACAAUUUCAAGAUAGAGCAAAUAAUUUUGAACAAACAAUUCGUAAAUCAUUUGAAGAAAAUUCAAAAGAAAUUCCAAAACUUCCUGGUUUUGAAACAUUAUCAGAAUUACCAAAAAAUAUUCCAAUUAUUCGUAUACCAAUAAAUAAUAAUCCUGAUUCAUCAAGUGAAGAAAAUAAUGAUAAAGUUCCAUUAAUUAAUGAAUUUAGAAAUUUUAUCAGACAUCCAUAUGAACAUCAUCAACGUAUGGAACCAACGCCUAAUCGUUUUCAACAAUUCAUGACUGAUGUUCGCACUGAAUGGAAUGAUCUUGUUCGUAAACAACCAAAGAUUCCAAUAUGGAUCUUUCUUGCCAUUUUUCUUUCAUCAUCAGCUAUUCUUUGGUAUAUGGUUAUGUCACUUUGUCAUCAUACACCAACUCGUAAUGCUUUAUCAAUUCGUGCUCAAGAACUUGUUUUUCAUCCAUAUGAUUAUGAAGCAUAUGAAAAAGAAAAAAUUCAACCUGAUGAUCAACCUUAUGAAGUUACAGAAUCGUUACCAAUUAAAGUUAAAUUAUCCAAUAUUUAA